GACGUAGCUAGCGGCAUGGAUGCUCCCCGCGGUCCCUUCCCUCUGAGAUGAAGCUGCAUCUCUCCUUCUUUCCCUCGAAGAUGUUCAGCAUAGACCUCUAGACUUCAAAGUCGUCGCGGAUUUCUCCACCUGUUCAUUUCAUGGCUGGAUAGUAAACUCCACGUUUAUCCAUUCCUCUCGCACAAAAUGCCACCCAAAUCGCGUGCUGUAGCUCAGCCAUCAUCACAGAGAGUUGUCAGGAAGCCGGUUGCUCAAGAGCCAAAGCCUCCUCAACUCGAGCCGAUCGUUGCGUUCUAUGUAUUCUUCGCUGCCAAUAUCCUCGCUGCAUUGUUCUCUCCUAUACAAGACUGCGAUGAAGUGUUCAAUUACUGGGAGCCCACACAUUACCUGAAUCGUGGAUACGGCCUGCAGACCUGGGAGUAUUCCCCAGAGUAUGCGAUUCGGAGUUGGACAUACACUGGAGUACACGCAGCAAUCAUCUGGCUGGGGCAUCUCCUCCUCAGGAACAAUAUGGCUGGAUUCUACUUCCUCCGCCUAGUCCUAGCCCUCGUCUGCUCCCUAUGCGAGACACGACUGUACUCCACAAUAUCCAGGACCAUGAAUCCGCGAGUGGCUAUAUUCUUCCUCAUGGUCAUGAUCUUUAGUCCGGGUAUGUAUCACGCGUCGGCGGCAUAUCUGCCUUCCAGCUUUACCAUGUACACGACUAUGCUUGGCUUCUCUGCAUUCAUGGAUUGGCGAGGCGGCAUCAGAACGGCCCAGGGCAUCUUCUGGUUCGCCCUUGGGGCUUUGCUUGGAUGGCCCUUCGCCGGCGCUCUUGUGGUUCCUUUCGUACUAGAAGAAGUUCUGCUGGCGACCGUCACCGGCGAACUCUAUGAGGGCUUUUGGAGAUUACUCACUGGGGCUGUGAGGUCGUUGGUUCUCUUGGUAGUCCAGAUGGGUAUCGAUACGUUCUUCUACAAGAAGCUCGUUUGCGUCCCGCUCAAUAUCGUCCUCUACAAUGUCUUCAGCGGCGGCAGCAAAGGUCCUAACAUCUACGGAGUGGAGCCGUGGCACUUCUACAUCCGUAAUCUGGCCUUGAACUUCAACGUCUGGUUCUUCCUGGCUAUGGCCGCUCUUCCAUUACUCCUGUUUCAGCAUGUUAUUCGUCAAAAGUCGAUCUCUAAACAGACACUCCUCCGCGGCGUUGUCUUCGUCAGUCCGUUCUACUUGUGGCUCGGGAUUUUCACGCUUCAGUCUCACAAGGAGGAAAGGUUUAUGUACCCAGCAUAUCCUGCUUUGGCUUUAAACGCGGCGAUGUCAUUGCACGUGUUGCUGGCAAACUUCGGUUCCGCGGACCCGCGGGAUCUUGUCAGCAAGAUACCUCCAAAAUUGAAGCUCGCGGUAGUCAGCCUCUUCGUCCUCGGGUCCUUCGACCUGGGUGCGCUCCGGACGAUCGGGGUCAUGACAGCCUACUCUGCACCUCUCAGUGUAUAUAAGCCACUGAAUAAGGAGGGCGCUACGAAGCCUGGUGACCAUGUCUGCCUGGGCAAGGAAUGGUACCGCUUCCCGUCUUCCUACUUCCUUCCGGAUCAGGUACGAGCCAAGUUCAUCAAAAGCGAAUUCUCAGGCCUCCUUCCUGGUGAAUUCAGCGAGGCAAAUGUCGGGUUCGGAUUCUUCCCCGGCACAUGGCUGAUGCCAUCCGGAAUGAAUGAUGAGAACAAAGAGGAUCCGGGGAAAUAUAUCGACCUCGAGCAUUGCAAAUUCCUCGUAGACUCCCAUCUCCCAAGUGUGCCAUCCACCUCCCUCGAACCCAACUACAUCUCCGACACAGAGACCUGGGAAAAGAUGACCUGCAAGCCCUUCUUGGACGCAGGCCGCACUUCCACGCUUGGCCGUCUGCUCUGGGUUCCGGAUUGGCCCUUCAUUCCGCCGCGCUUCCGGCGCAAGUGGGGCGAAUACUGCCUUCUGCGUCGCAGAGACCAAAGCGGAAAAAGACGUCUGGGUUGGGAUGAAGAUGGCAAACACAGGCUAAACUUAUUUCGGCAAUCAUAUCCCGGGCUUGGGAUUGACGACAACGCUUGCUUGCGUUCGCGAACCCCACACAGAGCGGGAUUGCGAACGUUAUCGCCAUCGUCUGGCUGCAUAUCGGCAUCGGGACUCUUCCUGCGAUCCCCAAUCCGAAUUAUACACAUCAUGUCCGAUCUCAGGCGGCGAGCUGAGCAGCAGGCGGAAGACGCGAAGCAUUGGGUGCGACAUAGCUGCAACGCUGCACAUGCGAAACUCAAUACAACGCUGAAGAAUGCGGAUAUCGAUCCUAAGCACCUGCUAUAUGGCGUGCUUCUCGUUGCUACACUGGCCUGGGUCGCAUCGAUAGUUACACGCCGGCUGCGCUCCCGCAAAGUCCCCGUCUCGCGCCCUAGCACGCCCGAUCUAGAGAAGCGCUCCCCGUUCAAGGCUCCAACGCGGGAACCAGGAGUAUGGAUUCCCCAAGACUUCAAGCGCCCCGCUGCAGCCCCCUACCCGGACUGGUCCGUCACAGACACCAAGCCGCUGCCCUACCGCCCCUUCCGCUACGGCCCCAAGUACAACGUAACCAUGGGCCUGCGCACUAUGCACUGGGACGAGUGGAUCGAGCUCGACAACCACUACAUGAAGUUCCACGACCUGAAGGCUCAGCGCAUUAUUGAGCGCGGGAAGAAGUGCAGCUACACAGCGCCCGAGGCGUUCGACGGCGCGGUCGAGCUGGUCGAAGAGCUUUGUGACUAUCUUCCGCAACGGUAUCCGAGUCUGUAUCGGAAGACGGCGGUUGGUAUGGAUAACGUGGUUACGGGGGAGAGCUUUAACAUCGUAGAGAGGCCGCUCAAGGAAGACCCCAUGCAGAUGGCCGCGCGCUUCGUACAAGACGAUCUUGCCAUCAUGUUCGAGAAGGCCGACGGACAGUACUAUCUCCUGGCUGGCUCCAUCCUCCUCGCGGGCUUCUGGCGUCUAGAAGACAAAUUCGGGAUGCCGCUGUCCGAGAUCCACACCAGCGGCGACGUGCCGCAGUUCAAGGAGAAGCUGGAGAAGGGUAUGAUGAAUUUCUUCCGGCGCGUGCAGCCGGGAAAUCCGGUGUUGCGGAAUAAUUACUUCAUCCAGGUGGAUGACAAUUUGGCGUGGAGUAAUAGUAUUGGGAGCGAGGAUAGCGAGGGGAUUGGCUGGUUUACGGCGGAGAAGAACAAGGCGAUUGAGAAUCAUUGGUUUAGGAGUGAGAGGCAGAGUUUGCGUCGGCUGCCGCGCUCUGGUGGUGUCGUCUUUACCAUCCGGACAUACUUCCAUCCUAUUACGGACAUCUGCGCAGAGCCGUAUGUACCUGGGCGACUGGCGAGUGCAGUGCGGAGCUGGGGCGAUGAUGUGAGCAAGUACAAGGGAAAGGAGCGGUAUCAGGAGGUGCUUCUCGAGUAUCUGGAUAAGAAGCACGAGGAGCAGGUCGCGAAUGGUUUGGAUCUGUCGAAAGAGGAUGAGUAUCGCGCAUACCCUUACUAGACAUUUAGCAUAUUUUGGAGGUUCGAUGAAUCUUGGUCCAGCAUCUGGAUAGCUCAGCCCUUAUAAUAGUCAGGGGGCAUAUAGUACCGCAAUAGAGUUUCUAGUCCAGGU